AUGAUUGAAUCAAAUCCACCCCUCCAGCAAUAUUAUGGCAGGCUUUUACAAGAAUCAGCUGGUAAAGGCCACCAGAAUAGAAGCUGCUUCUAUGAUCCUACUCAUUAUCCUGUAAUAGCGGAAUGUGAGCUGCCAUUGAUAGACCUUGAUGGUCUUAAGAGGUGUGAUAGAAGAGAGAGGCUUGCAUGCUCUGCAGCAAUAUGUAAGGCAGCAUCAGAAUGGGGAUUCUUCCAAGUUAUCAACCAUGGAAUAGACACUGAGCUGUUGAGAAAGAUGAGGAGAGAGCAAGUGAAGCUGUUUGAUAUGCCUUUUGAGAAGAAGGAAACGUGUGGCCUUCUGAAUAACUCAUACAGGUGGGGCACACCAACAGCUACUCGUCCAAAUCAAUUCUCAUGGUCAGAAGCUUUCCAUAUUCCUCUCACUAAGAUUUCAGAGCCAGCUUGCUGGGGUGAAUUCAAAUCUUUAAGUGAAGUGAUAAAUGAAUUUGCAGCAGCAAUGUUAAGACUAUCAAGGCUAUUAGCAGGAAUUCUGGCGGAGAAUUUGGGGAAUCCAAAGGACGCAAUUGAAGAAAUUUGUGAUGAAAGCACAUGUUUUCUGAGACUAAAUCACUACCCAAAAUCUGAAGAAGAAACUUUUGGAUUAGUUCCUCACACGGAUAGUGAUUUCCUAACAAUCCUCUAUCAAGAUCAUGUGGGUGGACUCCAACUUAUGAAGGACUCCAAAUGGGUGGCCGUCAAACCAAAUCCAGAUGCUCUCAUCGUUAACAUUGGAGACCUUUUCCAGGCAUGGAGCAACGAUGAAUAUAAGAGUGUGGAGCACAAGGUCAUGGCAAAUAACAAAAUGGAGAGAUACUCCACAGCAUACUUUCUAUGCCCAUGUUACAAUACUUUGAUAGGGAGCCGCACAGAGUCGUCAAUAUAUAGGAAAUUCACUUUUGGAGAAUACCGAAACCAAAUUCAGGAUGAUGUCAAAAGAUUUGGACACAAAAUUGGACUAUCAAGAUUUCUUCAAGAUACCAAUCCAUUGAUAAUGAAAAGUGAUUGA